CUUACAAAAUAUAGAAGAAGCUCUUGUGUCGUCGUCGUCGUCGUCGUCUACGAAUUGUUGAUCGUUUCAAGUCCAAAUAUUGUCACGAAAUUUAUUCUUCUAUCAUCAACAUGAAGAGCAUUCGCCAUAUUCAAAGAGCUACACAGCUUUUGGGUUUUCUUUUUUUCUUACUUUUUUACCGAAAAAAUCGCAAACGAAUAAUGCACACAAGGUGUUAGACAGAUAUCCUCAGUGAAGAGCCUUGUGGCGUCACGUGCCUCUCACGAGCCAGCGGUUAUUAUAGUUCCCGCCUCUCUCUCUCUCUCUAGCGUCUCACAAAUCUCUCUGAAUCUAAUCACGUUGGAGUGGAGUGGAGACCAAGAAAACAAACACAAGAUUCUUGAGAAAUCGUUACUAUGGAGUCUUCUUCUUCUUUCAAGGAUUUUGAUGAGACCGCAAAACUCUACGACGAUGCUACAAAUCUCGUCGAUAAUGGAAACCACGUCAAGGCCUUGGAGAUACUUGAAGAUUUGAUUUUUGUCCAUAAGCAAGCCGAGGACUCAAGUACUCUUCAUAACGAUCAAGGUUAUAUACUCUUAGCACUAGCGAAAAGAGAAGAGAACCCUCACUUGAAGUUCGCAUAUAGGUUGGGUUCCGUGGAAUGCUUUGAAAACGCUGGGAUAUCACCACUCUGAGCAAAGCGAGAGAAGGUUUACAGUUGACUAACUCAAGCUACUCGGAUAUGAAAGAAAGGGACGGCAAGGUCAAAGAAAUUAUGACUUUAAUCGAUAUAGCAGAGUGCAUCAUCGCUCAGUCGAAGACUUCUUCUACAAAGAAGUGCGAGCUAAUAACUGAUUUGGAGUCAAAGAAGAGUCUAGAGCCGCCGCUUAAGGAUGAGUAUAAAGGACUGAGGUCGUAUUGGUUACGUUUGGAUGUUAAGAUCAAAAGGGACUUUAUGAAAGUAAGCAUUGCAAAUCUCUUACGUUUUGUCGAGGGAGUAGAACAUUACAAAGCGGAGGGACGAGAUGCUUUGGACCAAGUUCUCGCUUCUGCAAGGGAAGACGGUAAAUGGACUUUCUGGAUGUGUAGAACUAAAUGUUUGAAGAAGUUCUCUAGUGCUGAAGAAUGUAAGAAUCAUUUUGAACAACAACAUGCUGCAGAUUUUAAAAUUUCAUCAGAAAAAGGUAAGGUCAGGAGGAUAGGAAAAGAUUGGGCUCGUAAGAUAUCUGUUGGAAGUUGGGAACCAGUAGACGCAGUAGCUGCCGUUGAAACGAUCAAGAACCGGCUCGCAGAUGUGAAAGCGUUUGCAUCUAAGAACGGAUGGUCCAAAGAAUGGCCUAAAGCUGUGGAUGAAGAGCGGAGUAAGUUACUUAAGGAAAUCAAAUCGCUCCUUGUCUCGUUUUGUGACCUUAAAAUUCUCUCAUGUAGCAUCCGAGACUGGGUGAUGCGUUAUCCACUUAAGCAUCUUGGAAAACUUGAAGUUUCUGAACAGAAUCUUGUCGAUUAUCACCUAGUGGAAACACCUCAGAGUAUAUGUUUUCUAGAAUGCCAUGAACUCAAUCAAAUCCUAGGCUUUCUUAAAACCAUCAAGUGUGAAAGGGAUGAUGGUACAGAUCUGGUUUGCAGAGCAGUGGACAGCGUCUUGGCUCGUACUCAAGUUAAAGAAAAGAUCGACUUUGAUCCUCAGUAUUCGUAUCUGCUUCUGGAUAGAAGACUGCUGAAAAGCAACAACACUCCAUUUGAUGAUGAAGUGGCAAUCAAUGUUUUUGAUCCCAAUGUUCACUACUCCAAGGCACCUGCUCAUGGAGAUGAUAUCAUAUCCUGGUUAACUGACUACAAUUCAGUGGAUAAGACCUUUCCCAGACCUAUCAGGGAACACAAUUUUGGUAUCUGGGUGGCUGUUCUGAAAGCUGUUCAGUUCACAUGUAGGACUCUGGGAACCAAAUAUGCAAAGAAAACGCAGUUCUUGAUUUUUGAUGCAGCUCUUAAUGUUGUUGAGAAAUUUUGUACGCUUGAAGAUGAAAGGAGAAGAAAUCUGCCGGAAGACCAGUGGAGCUUAUAUUCAUCUCUUGUAUGUGAUUUUUGUGAAAAGGAAGUUCCUGAAGAUUCCCUCCCUACAAAAUUGUUGUUCUUGUGUGCAAUACGAGAUGUCCUGGAAGGAGCAUUGCAUCCGACGUUUGAUUCCCCUGAUAUAGAAGAUUGCUUGAAUCUUAUACGUGAGCGUAAAACUCUCAGUGACAAUAAAGUGUUGAAGUCCGUAGGCCUUCUCAAAUCAGUGGUCACCCAAAAGAUUCUUCUAAUGGAUUCAAAAUUUUUGCUGAUUGAUAAUUCAAGGAUUAGAUUGCUAAACAGCCUCACAAGGCUUUCUGCUUUUGACAACCGCACUUAUAUCCUUCAACUCCUAAAACCUUUCUUGCUGAAUGAAAUCGUGAAUAUGGAAUACAAAGCCAAGUCAGAUGCAGCAGAAGCAGAUCUUUUAAUCAAGGAGGAGAAGAAGACGCCACAAUCAAAAAAGACAAAUAAUAAAAGCAAAAAGGAUGAAAUUGAAAACAUGGAAUCCAAAGCAAAAACAGAUGCAGCAGAAGCAGAUCUUUUACUCGAAGAGGAGAAGAAGCCACAAUCAAAGAAGAAAAAUAAGAAAAAUUCAACGAGCAAGUCUAGACCGCGUGAUAAGACUGUUGAACACAGUAAACCUUCUGUCAACCUUGAACCGGAAGGUACAUCUUCAUCACUAAAAACGAUGGAAGAAGAUUCACAAAACCUUGGAGAAGAUUCAGAGCCAGCAGCUGCAGAAGCUACAACCAGAUACAAUUCAGCUUUUGACGUGACGCUAAAGGCCCUCUUGAACAUUAAGAUUUUCAAAGAAGAUUUGAUGCGCAAUAGGCAACCAUUUCAUGACCACCUGGAAGAACAAGUUCCUUCCGCGCUACAAAAAUUCUUUGACGCUGUUGUGUCAGAGGUGAUAAAAAAUGAUGAGGGAAUCUACAGUUCCUUGUUGAGCGACUUACUUGCUUACCUAGAAGAGGUUCAUUCCAUGUCAAGUAAAGCUGCUGAGGUACUUGUAGCCAUAUUUGAGUUUUGGCAUGGCUGGAAAAAUCAAGAAAGAGAAAGCUUGGUAACUCGCCUUUUCACGUUGGAGGAAAAUGAAAGAAUGAGUUGCACCAGAUGCAGAAGGAAGUCAAAUUAUCCAGAGCAACGUUCUUAUGGCAUUGUUAUGGCUGCAGAUUCAAUCAGGGAUCUGAAGUGUUCUCUUGGGAAUAUGGAGUUUGUGGAUAUCAUUAAGGUGAUCCGCAUGGAAUUUAAAAUGUUCUGUGACCUUAAAACAGGGGGAUGUGGAAAGACAAACUUUGUUCAUCACAUUAUAAGUAAACGCCCACCUAUCUUCAUAAUCGUUUUGGAAUGGGAGAAGAGCGAAACUGAGAAAGAAGUAUUUGAAACAACAAAGGCUUUGGAGUGGGAAAUAGACAUCAGCAGGCUAUAUGAAGGCGUAGAACCAAACACCAACUACCGGCUUGUGUCAAUGGUUGGUUGUGGUGAAGAAGAAGAAGAGCACAUUUGCAUAGUUUAUGAAAAGAACCGGUGGGUCAAACUCAGACGCACUGCUUUUGAAGGAGAGGUUGUUGGUAACUGGAAGAAUGUGGUCAGAUACUGUGGAGAAAGGAAGGUCCGGCCAGAGAUUCUGUUUUAUGAAGCUGUCCCAUCAAUGGCCUAACAAGUGUGCAUCAAAUUUAGAAAACCAAAAUCAUCAGAAGUUGUUGUAUACUCUCUUUAACUUGAGAAUACG